AAAGGUGGAGCCGGACAAUGUUUCCCCCCGGACUCUUUUGUCAGGCGCACACGUUACGAUGGCAACAUGUCAGCGUGUAGAAGACCCUGAUGGAGAAAUAACCGACCCUGGCGCUGCUCCUUACGGAAACUUUAUGAACUACUACAGCUUCAAUCCUCCGGAAAACCGCCUGAGCCUGAUCCCGGCCACGCUGCUGCACGAUUUAGGCCACAGGGACGGAGGAGAGGAGCCCACGCUGAUCCUGGACGUGGGGUGCAACUCCGGGGAGCUGAGCGUGGCCGUCUACAAGCAUCUGGUCCAGCAGCCAGAGGAGAAGCCGCAGAGGAGCACCGUUCACCUCCUGGGCUUUGACCUGGAUGAGGCUCUCGUUGAGCGGGCACAGCGGACCAACCCUCUGCGCAGCAACAUCUCCUUCAUCCAGCUGGACAUCACCGAGGACGGCGACCAGCUGCAGGACUACCUCCGCCGGCACGGCUGCUCCCGCUUCCACCUGUGUCUGUGCCUGGCCGUCACCAUGUGGGUCCACCUCAACCACGGCGACUCGGGCCUCCUGCAGCUGCUGUCGCGCCUCGCCUCGGUCAGCCGGCACCUCCUGCUGGAGGCCCAGCCCUGGAAGUGCUACCGCUCGGCCGCCCGGCGCCUCAGGAAGCUGGGCCGCUCCGACUUUGAACACUUCAAGACCCUGAAGAUCCAGGGCGACGUGGCCCAACACGCCACGGAGCACCUGCAGAGACACUGUGGCAUGGAGCUCAUGCAGAGCUUCGGCAGCACCGCCUGGGACCGUAAGCUGCUGCUUUUCAGGCGGAGAUGAGUUUGUCAGGAGAGACAGGACGACAACAUUAGACCUCUACGACUUUAGUGAUGGAGGACUUGCACUUUAAAUAAGUGCAGAACCUGAGGUUCCAACCCAAACUCAAAGCAUCGCUUUAAAAUUAAACGAAUACUCCCUUAUGUAUGUGAAAUGUUUUUCAUGUUUCAGCCUCUAAAACGGUGACGUAUGAACAGUU